AUGAACCCCAACGUACGACUGUAUCUGUUGUUUACGGUCUUGUGGCGUGUGACCGGCUCGCUCUCGCUCCGCAACGUCAUGUCCAUCUACGUCUACUUGCUCUCGGGCGGAUCCAACUCGACGGUGGGGCUCAUUUCGGGCCUCAACGGAGUGGUCAACCUCGCGCUGGCGCUGCCUGCCGGGUACUUUGCGGACAAGGUGUCGCGGCAGCUGCUGCUGCGGAUUGCCGGCGGAGUCGGGGUGGCGGCGACGCUUGUGACGGUGGUGGCUGUGGCGACGGACAAGAUCUGGCUCUUCUACGCCUUUAAUGCGCUCUGGGGCGCGUUUGAAGGCCUGCAGUCGGCGCCGCUCUCGGCACUAUUUGCCGACUCGGUGCCGACGGGCGGGCGGUCGGGCAUUUUCUCGGCGCAGUAUGCGAUCUCGGAGGGCUCCGAGUUUGUGGGCCCACUGCUGACGGUUCUCCUCUUUGCAGGGCUCGGUAACGAUUGGGAGGCUGGGCCGAUGCGGGUGGUCAUGUACCUGGGCAUGGUCUUUGGCCUGGCCUCGUCGGCUUGCUUGUACUUUUUCGCCGACGAUGUGGCGCUCGGGCUCGACUCUGAGGCUGUUAGUCUCGACGCUGUUCCGCUCGACGGCGAGGAGCAGGAGGAGGAGGAAGAAGACGACGAUGGUGAUCUUGUGGGUGACGUAUCAAGUGAUGGGGCCGAGCUGGCGCUGCUUGCGACACGAGGUGACGUCGCUGGCGAUGCGGAGGUCUGUGUGGUGGAAGGGACCAGGGCAGGAGCUGCGCGGCAGCGGACAACGUGCUUUGGGUUGCUCACGCCACGUGCAGUGCCGUUUCUGCUCGUAGCAACGGACCUGUGCUUUGCGUGGGGUGCCGGGAUGACUGUGGCGUACUUUUCGCUGUGGCUCACCAACGAGUACCAUCUCUCGCCGAUCGGGCUCUCGCUGGUGGUCAUUGCCGGGUGCUUUGCCACGAUUGCGUCCACGACGGGUGCACAGCGGAUCUCGCAGUGGUUUGGGCGGCUGCAAACGUCAAUCACGUUCAAGUUUUCGGGCAUUGCUUGCCUCGUCACGCUCUCGAUCAUCCAGCCGCUGUGGCUCAUUGUGGUGCUGUUUGUGGUGCGUGUGGCGUUCGCGCGUGCGGGCGUCCCGCUCGACCGGUCAAUUGUGAUGGACGUGGUGAGCAAGGAGAUGCGCGGGCGGUGGAACACGUUUGAGGCCAUCGGCGCAGUCUCGUUCACGGGCUCGGCCGUGAUCGGCGGAUACUUGGUCGACGCGACGUCGUAUCGGACCACGUUUCUUAUUACGGCAGCACUGUACAGCGCUGGGACCUCGAUCCUCAUCCCGAUCCUGCCGUUUGUGCCGCGGUCCGAGAAGGUGCUGCGGAUGUCGACCGGGUAUGCUGCAGUGGGCGAGGGUGAGGGCGAGGGCCAAGCUGACGGCGGAACGAGCGGGGGCAGUGAACUCGAGGAUGACUGA